AGCUGCCGCAGUACCGGUCAAAAGUUGAGUAGCGCCAGAGUAGUUUCGGAAUACGCGUUAACAGUUACUAGCCUUUGGACAUCGUCAUCGGUUUCGUUAGGAGGAAACAUGGCCAACAUUGAGCUGGAAACCGUGGACAAGCUGGAGUACCGGUUCGUGCCGGCCGGCGAUGGCGUGGUCAACUUUAAGGUUCGCGCCCCGAACGAUGCGCACAUCGCACUGACCAGCGAACCUGCGGAAUCGGAUCAAAUGCUGGAGGUGUUUAUCGGGGGCUGGAAGAACACGAAGUCGGUGAUUCGAAAGAACCGCGCGAAGCCGGAUGUUGCCGAGGUGGACACGCCCGACAUUUUGAACGCCGGCGAGUUCCGCGGGUUCUGGAUCCGGUGGUUGGAUAAUGUCAUUACUGUUGGCAAUGAGGGUGCCGCCGCUGCGUUCCUGUCGUACGAAAAUCCGGACCCAUUCCCGAUCAACUGUGUCGGUGUGUGCACCGGUUGGGGCGCUAGCGGUUCUUGGUUGAUUGAGCCCGCCAAAGAAAAGUCAUCCCCGUCCGCACCGACGGCCGCUGCACUGAGCGGUAGCGCAGCCUGUUGGGUUGAGGCCGCCAACGGGGAGGUUCCACCAAACGCCGUCGUCGGUGGUUCCGACGGAGAGGAUCUGUUCAUUAUACGGGCACGGCACGAGGGCGCUCUGCUGCCGGGAAAGCUGGCCGCAUCGCAUGGCGCGGCUUAUGUAGCGUGGGGCGGUGCCGAAAACCCUAAAGCGGAGUACGAAGUGUUGUGCGAUUACAACGGCGUUUUCGUGCCGGUGAGCGGUAGCGACAUUCCGGCGACGGCACUACCGGCUGGGGAAACGGAAGACGGUGAACCGCUCUUUAUCGGGCGGGUUAAUCACGAGGGUACGGUGACGGUGGGCAAGGUUCAGCCAUCGCACGGUGUAUGCUACAUUCCGUACGGUGGUCAGGAACUUGCCUUUGCAGAGUACGAGGUUUACGUUACUCCCUAAAUAUGCUCGAGAGCACGAGCGAGAUAUAUGCUGGAGAAAGCCGAGUGCGCUUACUAAGAAAAACGCUAAUGAUCGCAUAAGAAUCUCGGUACACGAACGCACUUGCAAAAGCAUGCCUUACGCACCAAUGUUACACAGCGCAAACCUUUAUAAUAUUUAUCAACAAGUAUCGCCAUCGAAAGAAUGUCGCCCGCAAGACUUUAAGUCUAAAAACCAGUAUGUUAAAUAAAACACAACGUUA